CCUGGCGCGCACGCAGCUCAGUCAGUCAGUGGCACUCGCAGCGCAGCAGCGGCCGCCUCCACCAGGCAUGGCACAGGGCUCUACCUCACUAUGGCAGCAGCAGCGCGACACAGCACCCUCGACUUCAUGCUCAGUGCUACAGCUGAUUGUAAUGCCGUUUUUAAAGGUCUACAAUCCAUCUUCCAAGAGCAGGAAAUGACAGAGACUAUUCAUAACUGGGGAGAUCUUGGUUAUUUAGCAACAUAUGUCAAUAAAAAUGGCAGUUUUGCCAAUCUACGAAUUUAUCCUCAUGGGUUGGUGUUGGUUGAUGUUCAGAGUUACAAUGAUAUGAAAGGAGAAGAAAAAACAGAGCAGCUUCUAAACAAGGUUGAAGAAAGAAUGAAAGAAUUAUUUAGCAAGGACAUCAAAAGGGUGAAACGGUUGCCAGCCAUUGUGAGAGGAGAUGCCAUUGAUAAAUACUGGCCCACAGCAGAUGGCCGAUUGGUGGAAUAUGACAUAGAUUACAUUGUUUAUGAUGAAGAGUCUGCUUACCAGAAUAUAAAAAUUUUACAUUCAAAACAAUUUGGAAAUAUUCUAAUCCUCAGUGGGGAUGUUAAUCUUGCUGAGAGUGACCUGGCAUAUACACAAGCUAUAAUGGGCAGUGGAAAGGAGGACUACGCUGACAAAGAAGUGCUAAUUCUUGGAGGCGGUGAUGGUGGAAUACUGUACGAAAUAGUCAAACUGAAACCAAAGAUGGUCACCAUGGUAGAGAUUGAUCAGAUGGUGAUUGACGGGUGCCGAAAAUACAUGCGCAAAACAUGUGGCGAUGUCUUGGACAAUCUGAAUGGAGAUUGCUAUCAGGUUCUAAUAGAAGACUGUAUUCCAGUACUGAAGAGGUAUGCCAAAGAAGAAAGGAUGUUUGAUUAUGUAAUUAAUGAUUUGACUGCUGUUCCAAUCUCUACUUCUCCUGAAGAAGAUUCUACAUGGGAGUUUCUGCGGAUGAUUUUGGACCUUUCAAUGAAAGUCUUGAAACCUGAUGGAAAAUAUUUCACACAGGGAAAUUGUGUCAAUCUGACUGAAGCCUUGACUCUUUAUGAAGAACAGCUUGGCAGAUUGUAUUGCCCUGUGGAGUUCUCAAAAGAAGUUGUGUGUGUUCCUUCCUAUAUGGAACUAUGGGUAUUUUAUACUGUUUGGAAGAAGAGAGUUGAUGUUUAAAGCUCAAGGUCCCCUGCCGCACAUGCUGCAUGGAGCAUGUAGACUUGCCACGUGCUUUGUCUUGGCAUCUUGAAUCUUUAAAUUAUAUGCUGUAGAUGAUUCUGAAAGUUAGUCAUGCUAUCAACUUUGUGAAUUCUUUAAAUGUUUUAUUAUUUAAAAGCAAAUGGAAAUGUAUAUUUUGAUGACUUAGGGUGUUAUUUUUUGAAAGUUAAUGUAGAUGAAUUAGCAGCAAAACUAUAGCUGCUGAAUGCACUGAACUUCUAGAAUGUGACCAUUUUUAUUGUUUGGGGGUUUGUUUGCUUUUCAAAAAUGAAUUUUUUAAAAAGACAUUAGCAUUUUAGUGUGGUCCUAUAGAUUUUUCUUCCUUCAGAUUAACCAGUUUAAUAGUCAUGGUGCUUUAAUAGACUUUAAGUAUUUUUGUUUUUGUUUUUUAAACAAAUUGAUCUUCGGUGUGCUUCCAUUAGAGAAAAAAAUAAGGGCAAACUUAUUUUUUUAAGAAUACCCUCAGGCCCACUGUGAUGUUGCAAAGCUACAAUGAAACUUGUGACGUUUUCUUAUGGUAGGCUUCUAUUCUACAUGACCCCAUACAUGUCAAGAUUUGGUUUUUAAUUUUACUCUGUCUUUGCACUAAAGCAAGUGCUAGAUCGUAACUCUGCAAGGAUUUGUUCAGAAGAAAAGUUAAUCACAUGAAAAUGAAAGGAAAAGUUACUUUACCACAUUGAAAGCAACAUGAAUUGGGCCUAAUCCUUAGUUAAAAAGGGAAGAAACUAACUUUAGAUUUUGUUGUUCUAUAUCAAACUAGUCUUACUCUGCAGAUUUUUCAAAAAGUUUCAUGUUGCUACGUAUAAGGAAGUUCACAAAGUAGUUAUACUGGAGUAGCACUACUUAAGUAGUUUAAGUCGCAAGGGAACUGUCACUUCAAAUUACUUUGAGUCCGUGUUACCUGUUUUAUGGAUAGGGACGGAGUAAUGAACUGUUAGCACUAUACAUUUUAAAACUACAGUGUGGCAUGUUCUGCCCUCCUCCAAGUGCAUACAAGAAGCUGAAAUAUAAUGAGGAUUUUUUUCUACUGGUCAUACUCUUUUUUAAUGAUAAUGCUCUACAAGUAUGAAAAGCCAUUUAAAAGGGAAAAUGUAGGACAUUUCACCAGUGCUGUCACCAGGUGGGGCACCAGGACAUUUCACCAGCCCCAUCAAAAUGAAUGGGCAUAGUACUUCAGAACACAGGUCAAAUCUCAUUCAUGUCAGUGCAGGUGUGCAGCAGAAAGUCAAGUGGAUUGUGCUCCUAAGAUUCUUGUGCAUCUUGUAUUUAUAUUUUAUGCAUGUCCGUAAACAGAGUAUUUACUCAACUAAGAUAAGCCCAUCUGUGAAUCUUGUGAAUGACCCUAAAGCAUCACUAGCCAAUACACUGUAUUUAAAUGUGCAUGUUGAAAUAGCCAUUAGAUCCAUAUCUUCUUCUCCACUUGGUGGUGAAAUUAUAUUUUUGUAAGUUCUUUUUGCGUCCUUGGUCUUUCACUGAUAAUUUUGCUGAAAGCAACUCAGAAAUACAACUGUUUUAAGUUUGGGUGUGGGGAGAGAAUUAAAUUGUACUUUAAGGUCUUGGAACAAAAUGACCUUUUCCCCAAGGACUGGAAAAGUUAUUUUGCAUUUCAUUGCUUCAGAGGCUGUCACUGUUUUGUCACUACUAGACUGUGUGCCCAAAAUCAAUAAAUAUAAUCACAAGGUUCAUUCUUUUUCUUGCGCUCUCUUUUUUAUUGUAACAAAACUCAACACAUUUCUACAAUGUUGUUUCUCCAGGGAGAAUUUCUUUGUUAUUUAUUUUAAAAGGCUUGUUCCUUUAUAGUAUAUGAAGGAAUUCUGCAAUGAGGCACAGCAUUGAUUGAAAUGUAGUGUUUUGUUGCACUAAAGCAUAUAUAUGGCACUUUGCGGUUCUCAUAAUGUUAACAAAUGGGCAUAUGUACUUACGACUUACAAGUCCUGAAUUGUGUCAUAUAAAUUGAAGCUUCUUAAUACUUCAAAUCUGUAUAGACAUUAAACAAAACUCUCUGGUCUUGCCUCUGAGCAAACUUCAUUAAAGGUAAGCAAAAUAUUCCUAUUCACUAAAAUAUUUCAUUUUUUGUAUAUUUUUCCCUAGUUUGAGGUCCUAAUUCAAAUGUAAUUGAACAUUUCCAUUGGAAUUUCCAUUUGAUCAGAUGUAGAAUACACAUGGGAGGCUCAGACUGACUUUCCCCUUUCUCCUAAAAGCAUACAGCCAUGUCCCAUUUAUACUGAAUCAUUUUAUCCUGCUUUAAAUAGCAUUCUUCCUUUUUCUUACAAAGUGGCAUUAAAUGGGGCAUUUUUUCUGAAUUUGGUUCUAAGACAUUUCAACACAAGAGGUUUUUCUAAGUAAUGGCAGAAUUAUAUCCAAAGUGUAUAAGAAGUUGCCAUUCCUUCCUGCAAUAAAUUUGGUAUAUAGAAUAUGUACAGAAUAACUGUACUAUUUUUUAAAAAAAUCCAGUUGUUAAAUUGUAAUUUUGUAGAUACAAGUUUUAAAAGUUAGGAGCCCCGUGGCACAGAGUGUAAGCUGCAGUAUUGCAGUCCAAGCUCUGCUCACAACCUGAGUUCGAUCCUGGCAGAAGCCAGCUUCAGGUAGCCGGCUCAAGGUUGACUCAGCCUUCCAUCCUUCCAAAGUCUGUAAAAUGAGUAUGCAGUUUCCUGGGGGUAAAGUGUAGAUGACCGGGGAAGGCAAUGGCAAACCACCCUGUAAAAAGUAUGCCAAGAAAACAUCGUGAUGUGACAUUCUCCAUGGGUCAGUAAUGACUCGAUGCUUGCACAGGGGACUACCUUUACCUUUUUAAGAUACAAGUUAUAUAAUAUGGUUUUGAUAGAGCUUCCCAUGUGAAUUAAGGUGGUUACUAUACACUAGCUUUCUGAAGAAGGACCCAGAUUGUCAUACUUCAUGUUCAGAAAGAAAGAGUAAACAAUUUAGUGAGUCUCCCGAGAGUAGAGCAUUUUUUUUUUUACCAUGAUGUUUGAGGAAGAAAAUGUUGAUGUUUGAUUUUUCUUAUAUAAAUAGACUUCAUGAGCACAGGGUCUGGGGCUAAAAGGAUAUUGUCAUAUUACUUUCCUGACACAUAACAGAUAGGAGCAAGGUUAGUCUUGAAACUGAAGAACACCAAAACAGAGAGGGGUGGGGGGUGUUGUUGUUUGAAAUGUAAUUCAUAUAUCAUCCUCUCAGUUAACAGAAAAAUUGGAAGUAGCAAGUUAACCCCCCCCCCCCAAAUGCUUGUGUAGAGCCUCAUUAUAACAUCACUGUAUGUGGAAACAAAGUCCUCCACAUAUACAUACCCCCCUUUCCAUUACUGCAAGGAAAUGGGAAAGUCUUUAUUUAGACUUUAUUUAGAUAUAGUUGUUGGUGUAAUAUACAGUAUGAAAAUUCACUUUGUUCCCUUUUUGGUAUAUAAGAAACCUGUGAAAGAUUAACAUUUUGUUAUUUUAUACAAGUGAAACUGAGUGGAACUUCUGUUGUUAGUGCCUCACUACACAUGCAAAUCAAUCCCAAAGAUGGUUGGCAUUGUGUGAGUGCGUUUAUUUUUAAAAAAUUCUUUGCACUAAAUGCUGCUUCCAUCUUGAGUGAAAUUUGCCUAUUUUUUAAAAAAAGUUUGAUUACUACUCCAACUUUGCUGAAAUAAAGUUAGUAGUGUACUGACUGCACUGGUACAGUGCAUAUAUUCAAAUCAAGGUACGCUGUUAUGACCUAUGAAUAAAGGUAUGCUGUUAUGA